AUUGGUUGGAUCAUUACAUUUGCUGGUUCUGCCGCAGCUGGCAGAACAGGUGUUAACUGGUUCUAUAUAAUUUUCGAAUUAUUUCUCAUUUUGGGUAUUGCUGCUGCCAUUGCAACAAACUCUAUCAAAUAUUAUCGCUUUUCCAUUUUAACAUUUCUGGGCGCUAGUCUGGUCUUCAUAGUUGCUUUGGUUAACGAGAAAAUUAAUUCCGACUUGGCCGAAGAUCAAGCAGUCGCGGCGGGUGCAAUUUUCCUUUCUCUUGUGACGUUCGUGUGGAUAUUUAGUUUUGGAUCCGAGGAAGGGUCCAUUGUAGUAAGCAGCAUAAAUUCAUUGGCAAUAAACAAAGUUGACAGAAAUACAACACAAGCGGUUCAUGGGUUUGCACAAUCUGGUCCAAUAAGUCCAGGGAUUGCAAUGGUACCAACUUCCAUACAGGAACCAUCCAUAAAUAAUACUGUUGUUGUUACUCCAAAUCCUGAUUAUGCUUACAAGGCAAAGGCUUUAUAUGAUUGUAAGUUCAUCUUUAUUAGAUCAAAAAUGAUGGACGAAAUAGAUCAUUUAGGGUUUAAAAGGAAUAUCUUUACAAAUAUUAUGAGGAAUAAGCCCGGAGAGAUCCUUGAUAUUGCUGACAAUAAGGGUAAAUGGUGGCAAGCAAAAAAAACUGAUGGUUCAAUGGGUAUAGCUCCUAGUAAUUAUUUGCAAAUCAUUUAA